CCUGGCUGAGCCUUCGGCCGGCCGCCUAGCUUUCUACCCUUCCUGUGGCCUCAGAAGCCUGCUUACCUGCCUGAUACACCGAACCCUGACAUUCGGGGGCCUCAUGGCUGCCACCUGUGAGAUCAGCAACGUUUUUAGUAACUACUUCAACGCCAUGUACAGUUCAGAAGACCCCACUUUAGCUCCUCCUGCUCCUCCGACUACCUUUGGUGCUGAAGACUUGGUGUUGACCCUGAACAACCCGCAGAUGUCUCUGGAAGGUCCAGAGAAGGCAAGCUGGUCUAGGGAGCAGCCCCAGUUCUGGUCAAAGACCCAGGUACUGGACUGGAUCAGCUACCAAGUGGAGAGGAACAAGUAUGACGCCAGUUCCAUUGACUUCUCCCGCUGUGACAUGGAUGGGGCCACCCUCUGCAGCUGUGCCCUUGAGGAGCUUCGACUAGUCUUUGGGCCUCUGGGAGAUCACCUCCAUGCCCAGCUUCGGGACCUUACCUCCAGCUCGUCUGAUGAACUCAGUUGGAUCAUCGAGCUGUUGGAGAAGGAUGGCGGCAUGGCCUUCCAAGAGGGCCUGGGAGACUCGGGGGCCUAUGAUCAAGGAAACCCUUUCGCCCAGGAGCUGUUUGAUGACGGCCGCCAGGCCAGCCCCUACUUCUACGGCAGUAGCUAUGGCCCUAGAGCGCCCUCCCCUGGUAGCUCUGAUGUCUCCAUUGCUGGGACGGCUACUCCCCAGAGUUCCCAUUCCUCUGACUCCGGUGGAAGUGACGUGGACCUGGACCUUACUGAAAGCAAGGUCUUCCCUAGAGGUGGCUUUCCUGACUAUAAGAAGGGGGAACCCAAGCAUGGGAAGAGGAAGCGGGGGCGUCCCCGAAAGCUGAGCAAAGAGUACUGGGAUUGCCUGGAGGGCAAAAAGAGCAAGCACGCCCCGAGAGGUACACACCUGUGGGAGUUCAUCCGGGACAUCCUCAUCCACCCUGAGCUCAACGAAGGCCUCAUGAAGUGGGAGAACCGGCAUGAGGGUGUAUUCAAGUUUCUUCGUUCAGAGGCUGUGGCCCAGCUAUGGGGCCAAAAGAAAAAGAACAGCAACAUGACCUAUGAGAAACUGAGCCGGGCCAUGAGGUACUACUACAAACGGGAGAUCCUGGAACGGGUGGAUGGCCGGAGGCUCGUCUACAAGUUUGGCAAGAACUCCAGUGGCUGGAAGGAAGAAGAGAUUGUGCAGAGCCGGGAUUAAGGGUCAGGACCCAGAACCUGACUCAGACAUGAACUUCUGAAGCCCUCCUGGAGGGAAUGGCAGGCCAGGCCGGGAGGCCCCCUUGAUGAGGACGUG